UUUUCAAGGUUUUGAACCAGGUUCAACUUCCUGUCACACUUAAAUAUUGCGCAACUUUCAAAACAUGGUGGAAGUCACGCCCUUAGAGUCGAAAAUCAUUAAACAAGUUGAGUAUUACUUUGGGGAUGUGAAUCUAUCGCGUGAUAAAUUCCUGAGAGAAGCUAUUAAGCAAAAUGAUGGCUGGAUUUCUAUGGAUACAAUGCUGAAAUUUAAACGGCUUAAAUCUCUUUCGGAAGAUGCUGAGUUCAUCAAAAAGUCUUUAUCAAAAUCCGACUCUGGAUUGAUUGAAGUUGGUGCUAAUGGUGUACGUAGAAACCCUAAAUUGAAAAUUCCUGAAACUUUCCAAUCGACUAUGGAGGGUUACAGAGAAAACAGUGUAUAUGUCAAAGGAUUUACUUCUGAUGAACAGCUGGAUGUGAUUAUUGAAUGGCUUGAAAAGCAUGGGGGGAAAACACUGGAUGUACACAUGCGCAGAUUUCCUAAUAACAAGAAAUUCAAGGGAAGUGUGAAUGCAAUAUUUGAAAAGAAAGAAGAUGCUGAUAAAUUCUUAACCUCUGAAGAAGCUGCAACUUUCAAGGGUAAAGAAAUGACCCGAUGGACUAUAAGUGAAUAUAAGAAACGUAAACAAGAAUUGAGAGAUUCUAAAUUGGCCUCCCAAGUUAAACGACAAGCGGCGUUCGAAGCGAAUCAAGAAGCCCAUUUGAAUUCUCGUAUGAUUCCUGGAGCAUUGCUUGAGAUAACUGGUCUUCCAGAGGCUUCAAAAAAAACAACUGAAGCGAAAGGUGACGAUGCUAAGAAACCAAACGAUAAAGGGGAGAGUGAGGAGAAGGAAAAGGAAACCACAGAUGGAGAUUCUUGCAAAAAUGGUCACGAAGAUGAGGAAUUGCCGACAGUAAUUAAUUUGAAACAAUGGUUGGCUGAAAAGUCUUCUCUAUUGGCCGAUGUCCUUUGACGAGCAAUGUCAACUGACAUAGGGUUCAAGGUUGAAAAAGAGAUUUAAGGCUUGGUGGUGAUGGUCAAAUCAAAACCUGGCAUCACCAAUCCAUGAAGACUUUGACAACUUGAGCGAUGUAGGAAGAAAGGCGCAGACUGCCCACUGUCUGACUGGCCAGAUUGGGGUCGUCAGCGCGUUCAGAACCAACGACGUUGUCUGGAGACUUUCGUGGUGUGACUUGAAAAUCCCCAUUGGAGUCAUAAAAGCAAAGGUGUCCAGCGAAGAGUUACUCUUUUUGGCGACAUCAUUCUCUGAGAUGUACAAUGGUAUAUAUAUAUAUAUAUAUCACAUUGCAGUAUAUAUUUCCUUAUGCUGUUUUGUGGUCUCUAUUUUCACUUUCUUUUCUUCCCUCUCCCCUGUCCCACAUCCUCCCAGUUGGAUUCAAGUAUGACUGUUGGAUGGAUUGAUAUUGAACCGGCUGAGGGGAAAGCAAUAGUCCGUUUCAAGCAAGCGAAUACAGCUGAAAAAGCAUUGGCCAAACUGAAAGAUGCUUCUGGUGGUAACGACUGUCCUGUCAAGUAUAUGAAUAGUGAACUGUCAUUCCGUGUACUAACUGGUGACGAAGAGAAGGAAAGGUGGAAGGUGAUAUUAGCGGCUCAACAACAAAAAGCGCAGAAACGUCGUGGAAGUGGACGUGGUGGUGGAAGGCACACGGCCAACAAACGACGCCGUACAAACUGAAGGUGAAGAAGAAGUGGAACGGGUCAUAAAGAAGAACCGUGACAAACAAACGACCCACAUCACAGAUGUUUCAUUGUCGUUCAUAUUGUUGUUAUUAUAUGUGUGUAUUAUUCAUUUUUCUAUUCUAUUAUCUAAUAGCCAUGUAAAAAGACAUCUUAUUUAUAUAUCACCCAUCCGCGCCCUCAUUGUUAAGAGUUGAAUAUAUUUCUUGUUUGAAUUA